UCUGCAGCAUGCCUCAGGAUUUAUCAGAGGCCCUGAAGGAGGCCACUAAGGAAGUGCAUACCCAGGCAGAAAAUGUUGAGUUCAUGAAGAACUUUCAGAAGGGCCAGGUGACCCGAGAAGGCUUUAAGCUGGUGAUGGCCUCUCUGUACCACGUGUACGUGGCCCUGGAGGAGGAGAUUGAGCGCAACAGGGAGAACCCCGUCUACGCGCCCCUCUACUUCCCGGAAGAGCUACACCGCCGGGCUGCCCUGGAGCAGGACAUGGCCUUCUGGUUCGGGCCUGGCUGGGAGGAGGCCAUCCCCUACACGCCCGCCACGCAGCGCUAUGUGCGGCGGCUGCAUGAGGUGGGGCGCCUGGAGCCUGAGCUGCUGGUGGCCCAUGCCUAUACCCGCUACCUGGGCGACCUCUCCGGGGGCCAGGUGCUCAAGAAGAUCGCCCAGAAGGCCCUGGGCCUGCCCAGCUCUGGCGAGGGCCUGGCCUUCUUCACCUUCCCUAACGUCGCCAGUGCCACCAAGUUCAAGCAGCUCUACCGCUCCCGCAUGAACUCUCUGGAGAUGAGCCCCGAAGUCCAGCAGCGGGUCAUCGAGGAGGCCAAGACCGCAUUCUUGCUCAACAUCCAGCUCUUUGAGGAGUUGCAGGAGCUGCUGACCCAGGAUGCCAAGGACCAGAGCCCAUCGCAGGCACCAGGGCUUCGCCAGCGUACCAGCAGCAGGGUGCAAGACUCCGCCUCCUUGGAGACUCCCAGAGGGAAACCCCAGCCCAGUGUCCUCUCCCGGGCUCCACUCCUCCGAUGGGUCCUCACGCUCAGCUUCCUGGUGGCCACCGUUGCCGUGGGACUUUAUGCCAUGUGAAUGCACAUGUGCUGGCUCCCAGGGCCAAGAACUCUGUCCAGUGGUGGGCCUUCUUUCUGGAGAGGGGACAUCUCUUGACUGGCUUCCUCAUCCUGGGCAAGGGGGCCCCCAGCCCUCUCUCUG